AUGUCAGGUAGAGAUGGGGAGGUAGUGUGCGUCACGGGAGGGAGCGGAUUCAUCGGCUCCUGGCUCGUCCGCCUCCUCCUUGACCGUGGCUACACCGUUCACGCUACCGUCAAAGAUCUCAAGGAUGAGAAGGAAACGAAGCAUCUAGAAGCCCUAGACGGAGCAGAAUCGUGUCUUCGGCUCUUCCAAAUGGAUCUACUGGACUACGCCUCGAUUUUCGCGGCCGUCAAGGGCGCCGUCGGCGUAUUCCACGUUGCUUCUCCAUGCAUAGUUGAUGAAGUUAAAGAUCCCGAGAAAGAGCUAUUGGAUCCGGCAAUUCAGGGGACGAACAAUGUUUUAACUGCCGCUAAGGAGUUGGUGGUUCGGCGUGUGGUGGUAACCUCUUCUAUAUCGGCCAUCACACCAAGCCCUAACUGGCCCGCCGACGUGAUCAAGAACGAGGAUUGCUGGACUGAUGAAGAAUAUUGCAAGAAGAAGGGAUCAAAAUGUUCAAGUCAGCACGGUGUUAGGCCAUGGAAAAGGCCCAACGAAGUCCCUCCUCACAGGACCUUUUAG